AUGGGAAAAAUUGGCACAUCUGUAAACUCAAAGAAACGACACAACCCUUUGCAUAGAGAUAUUAUAUCAGCAAGUGGUAAGUUGAGAGCAAAUGAGUCUCGAAGCUUAGAUAACCUGAAGGACAGUGACGGGUUUUACGACGCUAAGAUAUCGAGGAGAAUUUUAAGUUUGGCAAGGUCUCAGCAGAGUGAGUUGGACAAUGAAAAUAUCACCAACUCGUUUGAAAAAGAGAAUUAUUCAGAAUCUGAUUCUUCUAGCGCAAGAUCUGAGGAGGAUCAUUUUGAGAAUAGUUUAAACAAUGCUUCGCAUGGCCUAGAGUAUGAGGAAACUCAAGACAUCUGUCUCGAGAAUGAAAAGGAUCGGAAACUUGUGGACACUUUUUUUGGAGACGCCAACAUCGGCGUGGAAACUCUAGCUGACAAGAUCUUAGCAAAGAUUCAUGAAAAAGAGUUGAUGAAAGAAACGCAUAACGAAGGGCCUUCCAGUAAUGAGGGUGUUCUUCUUCCGCCCAAGGUUAUCGCCGCAUAUGGAAAGAUUGGCCAAAUACUUUCAACUUAUCGCCACGGAAAACUACCCAAGCUUUUCAAAGUUCUUCCAACACUCAAGAAUUGGGAGGACGUUUUGUUUGUAACAAAUCCAGAAUCGUGGACUCCUCAUGCGGUCUGCGAAGCAACAAAAUUAUUUGUUUCCAAUCUUACUGCUAAUGAUGCUCAGAUUUUUGUGGAGAGCGUUCUACUUCCUAAGUUUAGGCAAUGCAUUGAAGAUAGCGAGAACCACUCACUCGAUUAUCACUUGUACCGGGCGUUGAAAAAAUCUUUAUACAAACCUGCUGCUUUUUUUAAAGGAUUUUUACUACCUCUAGUCGAUGAUCAAUGUACUCUUCGUGAAGCCAUGAUCGCUGCUUCUGUGUUGGCGAAGGUAUCUAUUCCGUCAUUGCAUUCAUCAGUCGCACUCACUCAAUUGUCGCAGAGAGACUUCACACCUGCCAGAACAGUAUUCAUAAGAGUCCUUCUUGAAAAGAGAUACGCACUUCCAUAUCAAACUUUGGACGACCUCGUUUUUUAUUUCAUGAAAUUUAGGCGAAUAUCCGCAGAAAACGAUACACCUUCUGAAGAGGAUAUCGCGCUUCCUGUUGUUUGGCAUAAAGCUUUUUUAGCAUUUGCACAACGUUACAAAAACGACAUCACCGAUGACCAAAGAGAUUUUUUACUUGAAACUGUGAGACAAAGAUUUCAUUAUGCCUUGGGACCCGAAAUUAGACGAGAACUUUUGUCAGGCAAGAGUCGCCUCGGAACAGAUGACGCAUGA